UAUACAAAUAGCGAUGUUGUUGUUGUUGUUGGGUUUAUAUGAAGGAACUAUGUGAAUUGUGAAGUGAAUCCUCAAAACAAAAACAGCUGUAAUAAUCAAACAAACAGUGUCAGCAAUAAAACACAAACUGCAAAAGUCAAUAAGGGCAACCUAUGCCUUUUGGCCUCCAUUCCAUUCCUCACUUAAGACUUUCUCAACAAAACCAGACGGUUAUCUACUCUUUCAACCAUCCCUUAUUCCUCCCUAUUGUAUCAAUACAAAUUAAUUCUAUUUUUCUUUUUCAUUUGGUAUACUAUAUUUUCUGUUUUCAACUCCAUGCUCUGUCAAUUCCCUCUCUCUUCAUCCUCCAAGAAUUAGAACGACCCAGUUCCUUUGCAGAUCUUCCCUUUCGUUUUUUUUGGGAAAAGUUGGGAUUUUUUGAUCGUUGUGUUUAGAAGAUUGGCAGAAGAAUUAGAUGUUGAGUGAUAGACAGAAAGGUUGAGGUGGGGUUGGAUUAUAUGGAUAGUCUUUGUUGUUUCAGCUCUGUUAGUCAGGUGGUUGGAGGCCGUUCUUCGUGUAACUCUGGCAAAGGCAAGAGCAGUCAUUCCUCAGCCAAGUAUGGCUUUAGCCUGGUUAAAGGAAAAGCAAACCACCCAAUGGAGGACUAUCAUGUAGCAAAAUUUGUGCAGUUCCAAGGGCAAGAGCUAGGACUUUUUGCUAUAUAUGAUGGACACCUGGGAGACAGUGUACCAGCCUAUUUACAAAAGCAUCUCUUUCCAAAUAUCUUGAAGGAAGAUGACUUUUGGGAUGAUACAUUCAUGUCCAUUACUAAAGCUUAUGAAACAACAGAUCAGGCAAUUCUUUCCCACAGUCCUGAUUUGGGGCGAGGAGGAUCAACUGCUGUGACUGCAAUUCUCAUAAAUUAUGAGAAAUUAUGGGUAGCCAAUGUGGGAGAUUCACGGGCAGUUGUGUCAAGAGGAGGGGUGGCUGUACAGAUGACAACUGAUCAUGAACCCAAUACUGAACGGGGCAGCAUUGAGAACAGAGGUGGCUUUGUCUCAAACAUGCCAGGAGAUGUUGCUAGAGUGAAUGGUCAGCUAGCAGUUUCUCGAGCCUUUGGAGACAAAAACCUCAAAACACACUUGCGAUCUGAUCCUGACAUUCAGUGCAUUGAUAUUACCCCAGAUAUUGAGCUUUUGAUACUUGCUAGUGACGGUUUAUGGAAGGUAAUGGCAAAUCAAGAGGCUGUUGAUGUUGCAAGAAGGUUAAAGAAUCCACAAAAGGCAGCCAAACAACUAGCUGCGGAGGCAUUGAACAGGGACAGUAAAGAUGAUAUUUCCUGCAUUGUAGUUCGUUUCAAGGGGUAAAAAAGGGAACAUACAAUACUCUCUACAUUCAGGCUCAGGGUAUAUAUAUUUCUACAUGUCAAGACUUCCCCUUUAGGGAUGCCAUUCCAUACUCAUGAAAUCCAUUAUCAAUUUGGAAUUUUCUACAAAAUAGGUUUUGCCUUCCUUUCAUAUGUAAAAAAUAUAAAAUUUAAGUUGUUGAAUUUAGGUCGUGCCAUUUAGUAUUUCUUGAUUUCUUCGUUGUGUAGAUUCACACCAUAAUUUUUCUUUGUAAUAUGCCUUAUGUCGGAGCAGUGUGAAGAUGGCCACAGUUUAUACAUUGAACAAGUGAUUUAUGCAUUUGUUUUAAACUUAGUGUAUGAAAUACCUUAGCUUGAGUUGCUUAGUCUCUGGCUACAACUCAUGUGAGUAUACCAUUUUCCACCCUCUCUCUUUUUUUAAGAGGUAUAUUUUAAAGAUAUAGAAAUCUGGUUG